GGCCGGUCUUGGCGCUCGUUGUUGUCUGCCGCCCCGAGUUGCGAUGUUUCAGACUAAUACUAUGGUAUGUCCCUUCUUCAUAAGGCUGGGUCCCGGCAGUCGAGGCUCCCCGACUCCAUCUUGGCCUCCAUGGCAGCCAGCAACACCACCACCAUUCUGCUGGCAUAGUGCAACACAGCCAAACCGUCGCCAUGGACAGCCCUCCACGUCCUACCCAGACCUCGUACGCCUACGUGGACCCCAACUUCCCCAACCCCGGCGGCGAAUGGGACACCCCGGUCAUCAUCUACGGCUACACGCCAAAGUUUGCCCUCGCCGUCUUCGCCGUCGCCUGGUUCUUCCUGCUCCUCCUCGCCCACACAAUCCUCACAAUCCGCCACCGCUCCUGGUACUGGCUCGUCUUCCCCGUGGGCCUGCUCUUCGAGGUCGUCGGCUACGUCGCCCGCUCCCUCUCCGCCAGGCAGGACCCUUACCACCUCCUCUACUUUAUCCUCAACUACUUCUUCAUCGUCACCGCCCCGGUGUUCCUCGCCGCGGGGAUAUACACGGUGCUCUCGGGCCUCAUCACCCGCGACAACAACCUCGACCACGGGAGUAGCAGCAGUAGUGCUGAUGGUGCCAGGAGGAAGGGCCUGCACUUGCGCAUCCCGCCGCGCCUGCUCAUCGCCUUCUUCGUCGUCUCCGACGUCAUCGCCACCAUUGUCCAAAUCGCCGGCGCCGCGCUCAUCGGCGUCAGCUACUCGAAGCGAAAGGAUCCGACGACCGCGAACCGCAUCCUCCUCGGCGGCCUCGCGUACCAGGUCUUCAGCAUGGGUGUCUUUGUGCUGCUGACCGCGAGCUACAUGUUCUCGCGCUUCUCCGCUUCCCACUCCUCGGCGCCUUCUUCCUCCUCAUCACCGCAUUCGUCAGAAGCAGAACCGAAACAAGCAGGGAUGACGAUGACAACAGCAACAACAGCGACAACGACAGCAUCGACGGCGUUCUGCAUCGCCUUCAUAAUCUCGGCGCUGGCCGUGUACCUGCGCACGUGCUUCCGCCUGGCCGAGACGGCCGAGGGCCUCGGCGGCAAGCUGCAGACCAACGAGGUCUACUUUGCCUGUCUCGAGUUCGCCCCCGUCGCGCUGGCCGUCGUGCUGCUCGCGGUCUGGCACCCGGGCAAGCACGUCGGGAGGAGGAUUCUGCACGUUGAGCGGGGCACUGCUAUUUGAUCGGGCUGCAGGAGCCGGGGUAUAGGGG